CAUCGCCAUCCGUCUCCCCCCAGAUAGCCAAGUACUCCGACUCCAGCUGCAAUUAAGUUUGUUUUGUGUGUUAACCUGUGAAGAAAGUUCGGAGUGCUCGGACUGUUACGAAACGCGGUUUCCGCCGGCAAACCCAAGCCCAGGCCCCAGCCCAAAACACCUCUUUGCCAGCGAAGUGAGUGCCACCUGAGCGAAGGCGAAAUGGGUCACCUCUCCACGUCGGAGCGAGUAUGCAGCAAGACGCCGAUCCCCAGCAGCGGCGAGGGAAGUCCUCCGCUGCUGUCCCGUCGUUCUAAGCUGAGCGGCGAUUCAGCUCAGGCACGCCGGGGUGAGGAUUCCUCCCCGGAACUGCCCCCGCGUGGCAAACUGCCGCUCCCCAAGAGCCUUUCGUCAAUGAAGCCGGCAGCUUCGAUAGUUCCCAAGGACCUCGUCGAUCAUGUGCCCAAGGACCAGAUCGACCUGGAGGUAUACACGAAGAACUUCCAGGGGGACAAGGUGCUCGGCUAUCAGUUCCUGGCGCCUCUCAAGUGGGACAAAGUCAUCCAGAUCUCUUUGCUCCACAUCGUGGCCGUCGUCUGCCUGUUCACCUAUCCCCUGCGCGACCUCAACCCGUACACGACGCUCUGGUCGUUCUUCGUUGGUGGCGUGGCUGGAUUCGGAGUGACUGCUGGGGCCCAUCGCUUCUGGACCCAUCGCAGCUACACGGCGAACACUGUGCUGCGCUCCAUUCUGAUGAUCUGCUACUGCGUGGCUGGACAGAACACCCUGUACGAUUGGGUGAGGGACCACCGCGUGCACCACAAGUACUCGGAGACGGACGCGGAUCCGCACAAUGCCAACCGCGGAUUCUUCUUCUCGCACGUGGGCUGGCUGAUGAUGCUGAAGCACCCGGAUGUGCUACGUCGGGGCCGCCAGAUCGACAUGAGCGACGUGCUCGGCGAUCCCGUGGUGCGCUUCCACCAGAAGUACUUCAUACCCCUCAAGAUCUUUUUCUGCUUCAUCCUUCCCAGCGCAGUGCCAGUUUACUGCUGGGGUGAAUCCUGGCAGCUGGCCUUGAUCCAGCAGUGCCUCUUCCGAUACGUGAGUAGCCUGAACUUCACCUGGUCAGUGAACAGUGCUGCCCAUCUCUGGGGAUCCCGUCCGUACGACAAGCGAAUUAUGCCCAGCGAGAACAUCUACGUGUCACUCGUGGCCAUGGGCGAGGGUUGGCACAACUAUCACCACGUUUUCCCCUGGGACUAUAAAGCAGCUGAGCUGGGCAAUUACGGAGUUAACUUCACCACCAUGGUUCUCGACGCCUUCCACAAGCUGGGAUGGGCCUGGAACAUGAAGCAGCCAUCCAAGGAGCUCGUCCGCCGCACCCUCGAGAAAUACGGUGACGGCAGCCAUGCCUCCCAGAUAGGAGCUGGUCUGGAGGGCUCAUUGGCCGGGUCCUCCCAAAUGGUGGGACACUUCCACUACGCAGAGGUGCCCGACCCCGAGCUAGAGUACGAUGCCGAGUCGAGCAGCACAGAGAGCGCCAAGCUCGAUGAGAACGAGAACGAGAGCGAGCGGCAGAAGAAGGUUAAGAAGCUGGCCACCACCUAGGCGAUUCCACAAGCCGAUCCACUGAAGUGGCGCUCUCUCAGAAUCGGAGACAGAGUCAGAGUUAGAGACGGAGUCAGAGUGGAAUGUGGAGAGUGUUGAUCGAACACCCCAAAUCUUAUUCAUCCCCAUCUGUUCCUAUGUAUCUGUAUCUGUACUUACGCAUAUGGCACACAGAGCAAGGGCGGGACAUAGUCGAUAAUCGUUUUAUAACUUAAUAAUAUUCUAUCAUUAUCUAUAUCUUCACUCAAAUCCAACACUUGCACCUUCAACGGUUAUACUCACACACAGAUACACACACACCACGCACACAUCCUCUCACAUUCACAUUCGAAAUCUCCAUUUCUGUAGGUUUAGGUAUUUAGCAGCUUAGCACGGUACGACAUAAGUUAAGUCACACACAAAAUGAACAUACCAUUUGAGUAUGUACAUACAUAUGUGUACACAUCAAGCAUCAUCCUCUCUUCGUUUAAACAAAACGGCGAAACAACACCAACAAAAUCAACAUUUACAAAUAAAAAUAAUUCGAAAU